AUGAUACCGCGAAUACUACAAAGGCAGUCCUUGCUCUGCCCUAGGUGCAGCUUCGCCCAAGCUCACACUCGCCCGAUAUGGCUCCCCCAGCGACCAAUUGCCUUCGCACGACCUCUCCGAACAUCGGUGCCGGACCGUGAGCGCCGUGAGCCGUCCAAGCAACCCGAAGCGAUAAAGCCGUCCGCGAUAAUACCCAAGACUACACCGGCCGCCAAAGCCGCCCCCAAGAACAAUGACCCUCUUGCGACGGCGGACAAGUCGGCCACUGAACAGCGCAAGGCCGAUUGGGCCAUUAUGAAGGAAAUGUCGCGGUACCUGUGGCCCAAGGAUAGCUUUGGUACCAAGGUUCGCGUGGGACUGGCGGUGACGCUGCUCAUAGGAGCAAAGGUGUUGAACGUCCAGGUGCCCUUCUAUUUCAAGAGCAUUGUCGACUCGAUGAAUAUUGACUUUGCUGCUGUGGGCGGCACAGCUGCCGCCGUGGCAGGGAGCAUGAUUGUCGCUUACGGCGCCGCGCGGAUAGGAGCCACUGUGUUCCAAGAGAUAAGGAACGCCGUGUUUGCUUCGGUUGCCCAAAAAGCUAUCCGGAGUGUUGCACGAAAUGUCUUUGAUCACCUGCUGCGGCUGGAUCUGAACUUCCACCUGUCGAAACAGACUGGUGGCCUCACACGGGCGAUUGAUAGAGGUACCAAGGGUAUUAGCUUCCUAUUGACGAGCAUGGUGUUUCACAUUAUACCUACCGCACUGGAAAUCAGCUUGGUAUGCGGCAUUCUUACUUGGCAGUAUGGCGCAAAGUUUGCUGCCAUCACUGCAUUGACCAUGGUGGGAUACACGGCGUUUACGAUUUGGACAACUGCGUGGAGGACGAAAUUUCGAAGACAAGCAAAUGCUGCGGAUAACAAGGCAUCCACUGUUGCUGUGGACUCGCUGAUCAACUACGAGGCUGUCAAGUAUUUUAACAAUGAAAAGUUCGAGGUGGCACGGUACGAUAAGGCGCUCAGGGAGUAUGAGAAAAGCUCCAUCAAGGUGGCCACGUCGUUGGCCUUUCUCAACAGUGGACAGAAUAUCAUCUUCUCAUCCGCAUUGACUGCCAUGAUGUAUUUUGCGGCGGAUGGUGUGGCCAAUGGCUCCCUGACGGUUGGUGACCUCGUCAUGGUGAACCAGCUCGUUUUUCAGCUUUCUGUGCCGCUCAACUUUCUGGGAUCCGUCUACAGAGAGCUGCGCCAGUCAUUACUUGACAUGGAGACUCUGUUCAAUCUCCAAAAGGUCAAUGUUAGCAUUGCCGAAAAAUCUGACGCCAAGGACCUUGUGUUGGCUCGCGGCGGAGAAAUCAAGUUCCAGGACGUCACCUUUGGAUAUCACCCUGACCGUCCCAUCCUGAAGAACCUGUCUGUUACUAUUCCCGCUGGCAAAAAGGUGGCCGUCGUGGGCCCCAGUGGUUGUGGCAAAUCUACCCUCCUCCGCCUCCUCUUCCGAUCUUAUGACGUCCAAGGCGGACGUAUUCUCAUCGAUGACCAAGACAUUCGGGAUGUGACCGUCGACUCUCUCCGGAAAUCCAUCGGUGUCGUGCCUCAGGACACACCUCUCUUCAAUGACACCGUCGAGCACAAUAUCCGCUACGGCUCCAUCACCGCGUCUCACGAAGAAGUUGUGGCCGCAGCUAAACGAGCCCGCAUCCAUGACAUUAUCGAAAAAUUCCCUGAUGGAUAUAGCACUAAAGUCGGUGAGCGUGGCAUGAUGAUUUCCGGUGGUGAGAAGCAGCGCCUUGCCAUGAGUCGACUGCUGCUCAAGGAUCCGCCCUUGCUCUUCUUCGACGAAGCGACCAGUGCACUAGACACGCAUACGGAGCAGGCGCUCAUGAUUAACAUCAAUGGAAUCCUGAGAGAAAAAGGUCGUACGAGCGUAUUUGUUGCGCAUCGACUGCGGACAAUAUUUGAUUCCGACUUGAUUAUUGUGUUGAAGGAUGGCAAAGUGGCUGAGAUGGGCACGCACAGGGAGUUGAUAGACCGGGCUGGAGUUUAUUCAGAGCUGUGGAGUGCGCAAGAAAUGUUGUUUAAUGAAGAUGGAAGUGAGACGGAAGAGACUGAGGAGCAGAAGGAGCAGGAAGCGGCGCUGAAGCAGCCUUCACCUCGGAAGUAG